AUGGUUGAUAUUUUGUUUCUAGCCGAAACAAAGAUCGACAGUACUGUUUCUUCGCGCUUGGUUUCACACCCAGGUUUUCGCACUAUUCGCAAAGAUCGUAAGAAGGGGGCUGGAGGUCUGCUUGCCUAUAUCAGGAAUGAGCCCUCGGCGUAUCGACACUUAAAACUAGAAAUUAGCGAUAUUGAAUCCAUUUGUUUGGAUGCCACGGAGUCUAAUAACAGUCGCUUUAUAGUGUGUGCUUUUUAUAGAAGUCCAACUAAGUGCAAGGAAUCUGAUUUUCUCGCCUCCCUAUCACAGCUGCCGAAAAUAUUUAUAACACCAGAAAGGAGCUGGUUUUACUUGGAGACUUCAGUAUGGACAUGUAUGAGAAUAGAGAUAAAGGCCGUAAUUUCCUGACAUAAGGCUGGUUGACUUUUGUAAUCGAUUCUGUCUCUCAAACCGAAUCAGUGAACCGAAAAGAGAAACUAUAAAAUCAUCUAAAAGUCUCAUCGAUGUUUUGUUAACUAGUCACGCGGAAUGUUAUGCUACAAGUGGUUCUUUACACCUUGGACUGAGCGAUCACGACUUAAUCUUUACAGUGCGAAAAAUUAA